CAUUUUCGUGUGACGUCAAUCGGAGCAACGCCAGUUCCCUAGGCACAAAAAUUGUAUCCGACUUUUGCAAUAUGUCCACGUAGGAUCCGAUACGAUUUUCUCGUCCCGGAAGGAAAAACCGAUACAAUGACUUCGUAGCUUUGAGAGCUUUUGAUAAUUGACUAAUGUGACCAUGGCCAGUCCACGGACACGACGAGUGCUAAGUGAAUUGAAGCCUAGGGAUGAGAACAAUAAAUGUUUCGAAUGUGGCAGUCACAAUCCACAAUGGGUAUCUGUAACAUAUGGCAUUUGGAUAUGUCUGGAAUGCUCUGGCAAGCAUCGUGGUUUAGGUGUGCACUUGUCGUUUGUCCGCUCUGUCUCUAUGGAUAAGUGGAAAGACAUAGAACUGGAGAAGAUGAAAGUCGGUGGCAAUAGGAAUGCCCGAGAAUUCUUUGACAGUCAACCUGACUGGGAUGAAUCUAUGUCCAUCUCGCAGCGUUACAAUACAAAAGCGGCGGCAUUGUAUAGAGAUAAAAUUGCUACGCUAGCAAGAGGAGAGCCUUGGAGUCCAAGUAGUUCGAUAGCAAAAGAUUUCCAGCCUUCAACAUUCGUUAAAAGCAGACAAGAAUACUCAUAUCAAAAUGAUUCAUCCUCAUCUUAUCAAAAUAUGGACUCAAAUAGUAUGAAGAUACAGACAGAAUCUUUUUUCGCAAAGAAACAGACUGAAAAUGCCAAUCGUCCAGAUAAUAUCCCUCCUAAUCAAGGUGGUAAAUAUGGUGGCUUUGGUUAUCAAAUGGAUCCACCACCCAAAAGUUCAUCCCAAGAACUGUUCGAUACUGCAGUUUCUUCGUUAGCAACUGGUUGGUCAAUAUUCUCUUCCUCGGCAUCGAAAAUAGCAAGCAAAGCUACCGAGAAUGCUAUCAAAAUCGGAGGACUUGCAACACAAAAGGUUCGUGAUGGCACAUUAUUAGAGGAUGUAGGAACUCAGGUCAAUCAUUUGGUUACAAAGGUUGGAGAUAUAACAAGACGAGGAGGAUGGGGUGACAUUGCUGGGACCAAUUCAGCUGAACAACAAAGACAAUAUGAUUCCACAGACCGAUAUCAAUGUUCUAACAUGUAUCAGAAUAGCGAUUCGAUACAAUCAAAUCGCUCCAAUGAGAAAUCGUCUCUUGUAAGAAGCUCUAGUUCAAAAAGCAACAUUUCUGCUGGAGAUUCCUCCAAUACCUCGAACUGCGAUUGGGAUUGGGGCAACGACACGAAACAAACAAGCAAGACAGUAACCUCGAAAAAACAGCCGAAAGCAGAGAAGAAGGAAGAGUCAUUGAUAAAUUUCGAAACGGACAAUAAAGCACAACAGGAUUGGAACUCAAAAGCGGAAGAUGAUGCCUGGGAAAUAUUAAAUAAUUGACUCUGAUAUCACACUAGCGCAAAUUAAGGAAUGAGGACGGUAUAUGUUAAUCUUAAAAAAUAUUAAAGAGAAUUAAAGAGAGGAUGGAUAUAUGCUCUUA